AUGGGCCUUCCAACGAUCAUCACACUCUUUCUCCUGGCCUUGCGCCUUUUCGGGCUCCAAACCCUCGCCGCUCCUGCUCCAGCACCUCAGGCCUCUGCGCCUGCUGCGGCCGCUGGAGGUUUCUGGAUGGCUUCUAUUCAGCGACAGGGAACUGCAGCGUUUGGCGACUCUGGCUACCAGGUUUUCCGCAACGUGAAGGAUUUUGGCGCUGUUGGCGACGGAAGCACCGACGAUACUGAUGCGAUCAACACUGCCAUCUCAACUGGCAGCCGAUGCGCUGAGGGCUGCGACAGCUCGACCAUCACUCCCGCACUCGUUUACUUCCCUGCCGGCACCUAUGUUGUCAGCAAACCGAUCAUUCAACUCUACUACACUCAAUUCGUGGGUGAUGCGACUAAUCCACCCACUCUCAAGGCCGCCGCUGGCUUCGAGGGUAUGGCCGUGAUCGAUGCGGACCCGUACGAUGACACCGGUAACAACUUCUGGGUCAACCAGAACAACUUCUUCCGCCAGGUCCGCAACUUCGUCAUCGACUUGACUGCCAUGCCCGCCUCCAAGGGCGCGGGUAUCCACUGGCAGGUUGCGCAGGCGACGUCUCUCCAGAACAUCGUCUUCAAUAUGGCCACGGAUGCUGGUGAGGGCAACAAGCAGCUUGGUAUCUUUAUGGACAACGGAUCUGGUGGCUUCAUGAGCGAUCUGACCUUCAACGGUGGACAGUACGGCGCCUUCUUCGGAAACCAGCAGUACACCACCCGCAACCUAACCUUCAACGGCUGCCAGACCGCUAUCUUCAUGAACUGGAACUGGGCGUGGACCCUGAAGGAUGUCACGAUCAACAACUGUGGAGUCGGAAUCGAUAUGGCCAAUGGCGGUGCUAGUCAGACUGUCGGCUCGGUCCUUCUCGUGGACAGUGUUAUCUCCAACACUCCUAUUGGUAUUUCUACCGCCUACGAUCCCUCCUCCGCUCAGACCAACGGCACUCUGAUCCUCGACAAUGUCGACAUGACCUCCAACGUCCCUGUCGCCGUCGAGGCGUCUACCUCCAAGGCUACCAUCCUCGCUGGUAACGCAAAGAUCGAGUCAUACGUCCAAGGUCGCAGCUACACCCCUGCUGGCGCCGGCAAGGCUGUUCAGGCACCCCAGAACGGCGUUGUCAAGCCGGAUGUUCUCCUUGACAGCUCAGGCAAGGUGUUCACCCGCAGCAAGCCCCAGUAUGAGACUCUCCCCGCCUCAAGCUUCGUCUCUGUCAAAUCCGCUGGUGCCAAGGGUGACGGUACCACCGAUGAUACCGCUGCUAUCCAGAAGGUGCUUGACAGUGCUACCGCGGAUCAGGUUGUUUACUUCGAUCACGGUGCCUACCUCGUCAAGGAUACCAUCAAGAUUCCCAAGGAUAUCAAGAUCGUCGGCGAGAUUUGGCCCCUUAUCUUGGCUGACGGAGCUUCCUUCAACGACCAGGCUAAUCCGAAGCCCGUUUUCCAGGUCGGCCAGGCCGGCGAGACUGGUUCUGUUGAGAUGUCAGACCUCAUUCUCGAGACUGCCGGUGCUGCUCCGGGUGCUAUCAUGAUUGAGUGGAAUGUCGCCGGAACAUCCGCUGGUGCUGCUGGCAUGUGGGAUGUGCACACUCGCAUUGGUGGCUCGGCUGGUACUCAGCUUCAACUUUCCAACUGUGCGAAGAACCCGAACAUCACCAACCCAGUCAACACUGACUGCUUUGGCGCCUUCAUGCUCUUCCAUGCUACCGAGACCGCGUCUGCUUACCUCGAGAACACCUGGUUCUGGGUCGCCGAUCACGAUCUCGAAAUUGAGGCGCACAACCAGCAGAUCGACAUCUUCAAUGGUCGUGGCGUGCUGAUUGAGAGCAGCCAGCCGAUGUGGCUGUACGGUACUGCUUCCGAGCACAGUGUCUUGUACAACUACCAGCUCACCAACGCCAGCAACGUCUACAUGUCACUCAUUCAGACCGAGACGCCUUACUUCCAGGGCAACCCGGACGCGAACACGCCGUUCACUGUCAACGCCAACUUCUUUGACCCCUCGUUCACGGACUGCACGGGCGACGCAUGCGCGCGCUCAUGGGGUCUGCGCGUGGUGGAUUCAUCAGACGUGUACAUCUACGGCGCGGGCUUGUACUCGUUCUUCGACAACUACGACCAGGUGUGCCUGGAGACGGAGAGCUGCCAGGACAACAUGGUCUCCUUCGAGAACAGCCAGGUGCACCUGUUUGGGCUGAGCACCAAGGCAUCCACCAACAUGUUGACCGUCAACGGGCAGAGCGCUGCGCUUGAUAGCGACAAUCGCAACAACUUCUGCGCAACGUUGGCCUUCUUCGCGAGCUCCUAG